UCCUAAGCCCCCAGUAAAGCAAUCUGUUACACACACAGAUCAACCUGAGUGCAGAAGAGAGGAGGCAGGGAUACAGCAGGUUUUACACAUGGUCAGGGGACCGGUCAGCAGGGUGGUCAUUCUGAGUGACUGAGGCUUUACUGUACUGUAAACGCCAUGCCGGAGCAAAGUAACGAUUACCGGGUGGUGGUGUUUGGAGCGGGUGGAGUUGGUAAGAGCUCGCUAGUUCUGCGCUUCGUAAAGGGAACAUUCCGGGACACAUAUAUUCCCACAGUGGAGGACACAUACCAGCAGGUGAUCAGCUGUGAUAAAAGUGUGUGCACGCUACAGAUCACUGACACCACCGGCAGCCACCAGUUCCCAGCCAUGCAGCGCCUCUCCAUCUCCAAAGGCCAUGCCUUCAUCCUCGUCUACUCCAUCACCAGCCGGCAAUCUCUAGAAGAGCUGAAACCUAUCUACCAACAGAUGCUGGCCAUUAAAGGCAAUGUGGAGGGAAUCCCAGUCAUGCUGGUAGGCAAUAAGAACGACGAGACCCAGAGGGAAGUGCAGACAGAGGACGGGGAAGCACAGGCCCAGGCCUGGAAGUGUGCCUUCAUGGAAACAUCAGCCAAAACCAACCACAAUGUCACCGAGCUCUUCCAGGAGCUGCUGAAUAUGGAGAAGAAGCGCUGCAUGAGCCUGAACAUCGAUGGAAAACGCUCAGGAAAACAAAAGCGCACAGACAAACUGAAGGGGAAGUGCAGCAUUAUGUAGAAGCUGAGCAUGCUCAGUGCCGCCAUACGGACACUGCAGCACCUCAAGUAUCUGAUAGGGGUCAGAUUUGAGCCAGUUUCAUUCGGGAUACAUAUCUGAUAUGCCAGAGGUGACCUAAUCGGACCAAGUAGCCUCUUUAGGCUCCGCCCACAAAUGUAUAGUCUUAAAAUUACUGUUGUAAGGCUGUAUAAGCUUUAUUCUACUUAUUAUACAUAAUAUAACAUUAUUGUCUAAACAAAACCACAAAAAGUUAAAGAAUUUGGAAAACUUUUAUUUUGUCAAAGACUAUAUCGUCACUGUCCAAUGAAAAUCAUGUAUCUAAAAACAGCAACUUUACAGAAGUAUUAUGGAAUAUAGGGGUAAUUAUCAAAUAUUUUAUUAAGAAAUUUUGACACAGUGUAUGAGACAGUUCAUAUGUUUAAAUUAGACUAAAAAUCAAACAUGGAGAUGCUUAGUUUACAAUGAUAUUAUAUAUGCAUAAUUGUGAACUUUGCACAUGCAGCGUUCAGAUGUGUAAACAGUACACUUUUGUUCAUAGCAGUAUAUUAUACCACAGUUAGUUCCGACCCUGCAACGUGAUUGGCUGAGAGGCGUUCUGUGAGUGCCAUUAUCACAUUACCUGAGAAUUCAGCAGUUUAACUCAAUUAAAAAUGAGUAUGUUUGCUAGUUGGGAUGUCUCCUCAGGUAUUGUGUUUGUGUUGGAUCUUUCCAAUUAAUCAGCCUGGGUGGGGCAGAUUACAGCAAGAGAUGGGGUCAAACUUGGUGGCGUAAUUAAUUGCAUUAAAAAAAUAAUAACACGUUACUGAUUCCAAAUGAAUAGUGUGCAUUAACUCUCUAACAUUGACAGCUCUAAUAUAAAUAUAAAGCAAACUUGCUGUUUUAGCAUGUCAGAAAUACCAUUUUUUUCUAAAUUAUUUACUGAAAUCUAGCUGCGACAAUCCUAUUAUUAAUAAUAAAAUCAAAAUUAGAAGCCUUUACACUUACCUUGCCAGCAAGUGGGGCUAGCCAGCUCUUCAAAUCAGUACAUUUCUGAUUUCUGUUUUCUAAAGCUUAUCCAACUUAGCAAAAGUAAAAACAAAAGAACACAUUUGUGGGCGAAACCAAGAGAGAGGGUAUUUAGUUUUUUUACACCUCACUGGUCUUUAUGCUACAGAGCAGUGUUUAUCAAUCCUAGCCCUAAUCAGCUCAGGCUAAUUUGAGUAAACACUUUUGAUGUGGGUGGUUUUAGGAUGCUGGCUGUGUUUACACUAACAGAUAUGAGAACCUGUGGAGUCUGAUCUCACAUCCUCCUGAUUCAUCCUUGCUUACUGGAAGAGAUUUUUACAAUGUUAUUGGAUGAAUCAUAAAUAUCAGAGCUGUCAUUCAACAAUGCUGUGAGGACCCUUGAAAGGCAGCAGUAGAUCUGUAUGUACGUUUAAGAACAAACUAUAUAUAAAUAUUUUGAGCAUGAAGCCAAUUAAAGUCUAGCAUGAUAAUUUGCUAAAGCAGCCCUAGCUAGCUGGCUAAUUCAAGCCAACCGGGCAAAGAUGGUGAUGAUGCCAGCUAAGACUGACUAACACAAUGCUAGCACAGGCUAGUAAACAGGUUUAUUUUAACGCAGACUAACCUUAGCUAAUAGUGACAGAGUUAAUUGUGUAACAGAUUGCACUGUAGCCCUGUGAGGGUCCUUGGGGAAAGAAAAGGCGAUGGGUGUGAGACUGGGCUUCACACCAGCACGGCCUAAAAACGGGAUUUGAAAGGGAAAAAAUUACAGCAAUAAUGCUCAUAAAAAUGUACUUCAGGCCUGUAUUGUAAUUGACUGAGGUGGAAUUUGACCUUCUAGACCACCUGCCACCUCAACUUUUUUUCACCCCAUACUUUUGUUCCACAAUGACAGUGUAUUUUUUGAAGUAUAAAAUUACAAGAGUGAAACGAAAUAAUACACUGUGUAAAUCCUGGACUUUGGGAAAUGUAAACAUUUCUGAUGAAGCCAGGGUUGUGGACACUGCUGGAUUGCUUAGAGUGGGCCUUAGAACAGCAAUAUAACCAGAGACUAUAGGAAAAUGCCUUUCCUAUACCUUAUCAUAAUCUAUUCUUGAUUUCAAACAAUGUCCAUUACAAUGUUUUUAUUAAUAUUUAGCUCUUACUUAUACCUGGCAGCCAAAAACCUCUCCACAAAGAGGGGUUAAUUGGCAUGCAAAUAGAUUGUUUACACUUUUUAUAUUUAUUUUUUAUUUGCCAAGACAUGUUUAUUAUCUGAUGUGUGCUUUAGUUCACAGGUAAAUGAGCUAGUUUAACACUGCUGGUAAGAAUUCAAGAGCACCAAAAUGCAUCACAACAAACCACUCUACAAUGUUCUUUCUGCUUAUUGGUCACAUUUUUUGUAUAUUGUGAACAUGAAAGCAAAUACAGGAUGGCUACAUUCACACCGCAGGUAAAUGUGACCCACACCCUGUGUCAUAUGUGUUGUGUGUGUGACAGUGUAAGAAGCAGAAAAACACAUUUGAAUUUAAUUUUAAAUUUUUGGGCCACUUUAGUUUGUGGUAUUAUGUACUUAUUCUAUUCUUGGCGAUGCAAUUCUGUUUGAAUGAGAAUCAGACUAGAUUAGACCUUUACAUCAAAAAGAGAAAAAAAGACAAAAAUGGAAAAAUGAGAGUGAGACAAUGACAGUGUAUUGACUAAACGGAAACUAAUGAAAACUAAAAUCCUGACGCUGUCUAAAUAACACUUUUAAAUUUAACUUUAAUAAAGCCCAGCUGUUAGACUGAACUCAUAAGUAGCUCUUCAGUAUCUGACAAGAUUAAAGUUGAAUGUGAAUGUGUUAAACUGAAUGUGAAGCUUUGCUCUGAUGCACAUGCUUGUCAUUUACUCAGUGUGCACCAUUCAGACACGUGUCAGAUAUAGAUCACAUUAAAAAUAUUGUGUGAACAGCCUAAAAUAAACAUCAAAUUUGGUAAUAAAAAAAUCAGAUUUUGGUCAGUUUUAUCUUCUGUGUGAACGUAUAAGAAGUUUCUGUGUUCUGGACUAGUGCAUGUUUCUUCGUGAAUAUUAAAGUUUAACUGAUAA